CCCUGUUGAUUGGUCGGGGGGUUGACAAGAAGGUAGCAGCAGUGUGAGAAGGUCAGAAAAGGUCGGUGAUGGAUCAUCGUGCUGACGGGGCAAUGAUGGAGGCCGGCGAAGGCUAUCCAGACUCGUUUGUCGAAUCUGGAGGAGGUGGACGAGAUGGUGGACAAAUCUCCUCCGUCCGAUCGAGAUCGGGAUCGGGAGGGGGCGGGGGAUAUUACUUGGAAGGCUUUCGAAAAUUCACCCACGACUCUUCUCAGAGAAAUUACCGACGGAAGGCCGACGCUACACGCUCCCCUUCAGCAUCGCCAAUGCACUACGGAAAGGAAGAGGAGAGAGAUGAGGAGUCGAAUGGAGAAGAAGAGGUACAUGGCGGCGAAAGAGAUGCACACAAAGAGGGAGGAGGGCCCUCCUCCCUGUUGCAGCUUCAACGAUCAAAUGGACCGACAUCGAUGAGUGAGGAGGAGGGCACGGCAGAGUCGAAGGAGCAGGAAUAUGCCAGGGUGAGAGAGAGGGUGCCCAAGGAGAGGGAUGCCAAGGAACUGGGAAAGGAACCUGGAAAGGAACUUGGACGGGAAGUGGGGAAGGAUGCAGGAAGUCAGAGACCCAGAGAGAGGGAUGGUAAGGAAGCUGGAAAGGAACCUGGGCGGGAAGUGGUGGAAAGGGAGCGCGGUCAUUAUGGAGAGAGGGAUGAACGUCACAAGGACAGGGAGAGGGGGUUGGGAUGGGGAGGGGGUCGGGAGGACAGGGAGAGGGAGACGGGAUGGGGAGGGGGGGGCCGGGAGGGUGAGCGGGAGGAGCGGCACAAGGACAGGGAGAGGGAGUCGGGAUGGGGAGGUGGUCGGGACGGUGAGCGGGACGAUCGUCACAAGGACAGGGAGAGGGAGUCGGGAUGGGGAGGUGGUCGGGACGGCGACGGUGAGCGGGACGAUCGUCACAAGGACAGGGAGAGGGAGUCGGGAUGGGGAGGUGGUCGGGACGGCGAUCGCGACUUUUAUCGACAAAGGAACAGGGGGUUCGAGUUUCAGGGUAGUCGGGGUGGCAGGGGCUGGGGGGGAGGAGGAAGAGGAGGAGGUGAUAGGGGGAGAGAGGGAUAUCGGGGAAGGGACCCUCCUCACGAUCGCGAGAGGCUGUAUGGUGGAGGGUUUGGUGGCAGGAAAAGAGACCACGUUUUUGAAGGGAGUGCAGCUGAAGAGCAUGACCAGCAUGGUCGGAACAAGAGAAGAGGAGGUGAAUGGAACGCUGGAGAAGGUGGCGACAGGAAUGGCAAUCGGCGGGAUGGGCAAACGGAGGGCUCUCUUGAGAGAAGUAGGUGGUUUGAUCACAGGGACAGAGGCAGAGGGGGGGAGAGGGAUCAGGACACAGGAAGGAAGUGGGAAAGGAUGGAGAAAAGCAGUGGUGAUAUUGGAAGUGGUGCUGGCAGCGGUAAUGGUGGGGGAGGGGGGAGUUCUCGAGGCUGGGAGUCUAAUAGGGGUGAAGAUCAAGGGGGGUAUAUGUCAAAAGCGGCACCUUUUUCCUCGUGGCGUGAGAAGGAGGGUGGUACGAGGACGCAGAACGGAGAGGUUGGAAGGAUGAGCAAUGUUUCGUUCAAAAGAGAGCAGGAGUUGGACAACAGAGCAAGUGGAGAGCAGAGGAGAGAUGGAAGGAGAGGGGGAGAAAUGGGAGAGAGGGAUUCUUGGGCUAAUCGGACAAAGACGGUUGAUGCAAUGCCAGUCGGGAGGGGCUAUGGCAUGGAUGGCAAGGAGGACAAUCAUCCUGGGAGAUCUUUCUCCUCUGCACGUGGGAACAACAUGGGUGCUGUUGCGCCUCGGGAUAGGGGGCCAGGGGACACGUGGGCGGAAAAGGGCAUGGGGUCCAGAUCGGGUGGAAUCGACAGACAAAAGGUAAUGGGUACAGAAGACCGACCUGGAAAGAGCUCGAGAUGGGGUCCCGAGGCUCAACAGUCUGCACCAAUGAAUCAUGGAAACGCCGCCUCGUCUGCCGGCGUUAAGACUCUGCAGGAAGCUGUGAAUGCGGCGAUUGCGCUGGCACAUUCAGGUCAGGGAUGCGGAAUGACGGAGGAGCAACAGCAUUCUGCCCAGCUACUAGCUGCAAGGAAGGCAGCUGAGUUAGUCAACAGAAAUCUGGGAGUGCCGGGAUCCAUGUCUGCGCAGGAGAAGAAGAGGCUUCUGUGGGGCGCAAAGAAACCGUCCGGUGAACUGCAGGAAGUCGAGGUGGCCUGCGGAACAAACCGAUGGGAUGCGGCGCAUUUUUCGGAUCCGAGCAGACAACAGAAAUUUGCAAAAUUGAUGGGCCUGAAGGGAGGCGGCACAAAGUCAGCUGGUACGGAUGGCAAUAUUUCUUCUGAAAACAGCGACAAGGAGACCUAUACCAGAGAGGCGACGGGACACUCGGAGUCCCGCCAAGAUAACAUCAUGUCUCGUGAAAAGCAGCUCGAAUUGCAAUUGGAGCUGGAGAAGCAGUACACGGUUGGUCUACGGCGUCGUGACGGGCGAACGGUGGGACUUGGCCUUUGAUGAGAAUGCCAAUAUGAUAGUGGGCACAGCAGACAUGUGCUUCAGCUUCUGAGUGUAGAGGGAGAAAGAAGAGUGAAGGGAGGGAGGGAUGGAGGAAGUGGAAUCUCAUUUGUGUCACGCGACGAUAUUGUGACACUUGGAAGCGUAGCAGGACAACCAUGCCAUUCAGAAGAAAUGUGUCAAGUGGGUGGGGAUAAUUUGGGGCACAAGUGGAAUCUGUGGGGUCUGUAAAAGACAGCUAUUAUUAGUUUCACAUGCAUGCCAGUCUGCAGCAAUUCAAUGUGGAAUUCCUGGACCUCACUCUUUACACCACCAGUACACCCGGGCCUGAAGGCGCUGCACUGCGCGCCAGCUUCUCCGAACUGCCAGCGGUGCACUUUUUUUUCCUUGUUUGGCUGGCGCCGCCAGCCAUUGUGGUCCUAUAGGCCUGAGUCGCGAAAUUUUCACAGUAUGCGAGGAGCAAAUCCGCACAACGCUGGGGCCAUGUACUGGCGGUUUAAGCUUGCGACAUUCGGUGGAAAGUGCGAAAUUUUCGGAGUACGCGACGAGCAAAUCUGCACAAUGCUGGGGCCAUGUACUGGGGCCGUGUACUGCAUGCGAUGCCAAGCUUUUCUG